AGCAAAUGGCUUGUGCCUAUUUUUCACUCCAGCAACUAUCUGCUUUCCAAGUCGCCGCCACCAGCCAUGGAGUUGGCUUGCGGCUGUUCCCUUGGCCAAUACUUGGCUAUGUUUGCUACACCCGGCUCAAUCAGUGACUUGGUUGAUAUACGUCGGAAUUUGAGGCAAAGGAGUCGCCAGAGGGGUGCGACUAGCUACCAAGCAAGCCUCGAGCAAUUCCGCUCCCAAUUCAUGACCAGACUUAGGAUAUCUGGUAAGGAUCUGAUCGAUAGAAAUGAUAUGGUCCACCAAAAAGGACUUAUUAAGAUGGCACAUGAAUACCUCUGUGUUUGCGAGAAUGGCUCCUUGUACUGGCCUAGUACGAGCGAUGACGGAUCUCUUCGGAUAUACACCAAUAUUGUUUGGUUCUUCCUUCGACGCAAUCUGAAAGAUAUAGGGAAGAGGUUACGCUCGACACGUUCAAGAACUACAACCGCAGCUAACAACGGCCGACGAUCGAGGAAUCUCCUCAAUAUUCUUGGCAGCGAGAGCCCUACACCAUCUCCUCCAGAUCACGAUAGUCCCAACUAUGCAGCAGCAGCCAAUGAAGAUGGUGAUUCUUCCUCCUCUUCAGAGAGUCCUCCGUCGAGCCAAACCCAGAGACAGGACGAAGCCAUGAAUAACAGACGUCCGAUACCUUAUGGCAGGGCUUACAGUCCGGAUGAGCUGGCUGAAGAAGGUAUCAAUGAAUCGUUACAACCAAUUCCUGACGCGCAGCCGCGACGUGUAAGUCGGAUGCAAGAUUUACAAGAUAACCUUAGGCAUAUUGGGCCGGAUCCACGACCAAAUAUGGGGGUUGACCAUAGAGAGCGUGGGAACAAUCCAUCGGCGCAUACUACUUCAACGGGCACCCAGACGGGGUUUGAGACAGAUGAAUAUCGUGACAGAGAUCCCAAUGCACCUCCCCCAUCAUCUAUGAACUCAAAUAAUGCCUCUCAGCAGUCUCAGCAAGCGAACCACAAUAACAAUCAACCCAGACCCAGGCGGCCACGGGACUCCAUCGAAUAUGGACAAAGGUCGCCCAGCCCACCAUACGGAGUCCCAAGAUCUCCAUCCCCAGAACCCAAACCCAACAUUGACCUCAUAUUCAGCUACGAUGUCCUCCCAGGACUCAACCUCCGCCUAGCACACGGCGAAGAGAUCUUUUCAUUCCCCCGAGAGCAAGUGUUCCGGCUACUGGGUUGGCAGCAUGACUUUGACUGGCUGCUCAUUUCGCUCGAAACCCCAGGGGCGCUCUUCCCAGAACGUAUACCCAGGGAUGAUAAUCGGGAGUUUCGAAAGGUGAUGGCUAGGUUUGAACAAAUAGCUUGUGCUAUGAAACGUGAUUAUGCUGAGAUAGGCCGAGAUGCAGUGAUCGAGGUUGCGUUUGUGCCGGAGUGUAAGGGCCAUUCACGAACUGUGCUACAGGACGGUUGGCGGAAACGCUUGGAGGAAUCUCGCGGUAUUGUGCUCUGACCUGUGAUUUGACGGACAUGAACUGGAAGGUAUAGACUUUAUAGACAUAGACCAUUGCUUUCGGAAUAUAAACCUAAGGAUAAAUCGAGGCCGGACCAAAAGCGCAACGCACUAACCGGUCGUUGACGCCUUGUAAUGUAACUCCAUUAACAAACUGCUCCUGCAACCCGGUAAGAAGUGAAGAAGGGGCCUGAUUCUCCAGUUGAGAAGAGACACCAAUACCCCCAAACUCAUUGCAACGAACGGUUUUUCAUCCUUCAUGAUGGGAAACCAGAGAAGCCAUGGCAGCUAUCUUGGACUGCUCUGUUAUAGGAGCAAUUUGCAGCUCUUGAUUGUAUUCUGCCCGUAGAGAAUAAACAGGUGCGCUAUCCAAAUCGCCAUCCUUGUCAGAGCAGCUGGAGCAAUUGGCAACAAUAGUAUGGACGGGAAUACCGCCAGCGAAAAUACCAACAACACUCAGAUUCUUCACAGCACCAAA